AUGACCGGCAGCAUCGAGGGUCUGGAGAGGUUCGACUGUCCCGGAAAGGGACGAGGCCUCCGGGUCACCCGGCCCUUCCGGGUGGGGGAGCUGCUGCUGUCCUGCCCGCCGUUCUCGCACGUGCUGUCGGUGAAGGAGCGCGGCUGCUACUGCGAGAACUGCUUCACCAGGAAGGAGGGUUUGGCAAAAUGUGGGAAGUGCAAGAAAGCUUUCUACUGCAACGUGAAAUGUCAGAAAGCGGACUGGGCCAUGCACAAACUGGAGUGUUCAGCAAUGACGGCGUUUGGAGAGAACUGGUGUCCGUCGGAGAUGACCCGCCUGGUGGCCCGGAUCCUCGCCAAGAAGAAAACGCAGAAAGAAAGCUGUGCCUCUGAGAAGAUCCUGCUCAUAGGAGACAUUCAGUCGCAUGUGGAGGAUGAAGAUAAUGAGCAAAAACAAAACAGAGAGGCAGAUAUUGCUGCACUGCAUCGCUUUUACUCCAAGCAUUUGGAUUUGCCUGAGCACAAAGACCUGCAAACUCUCCUCUCACAGGUCGCCUGUAAUGGUUUCACAAUAGAAGAUGACGAACUGUCCCACAUGGGCACUGCAGUCUACCCAGAUGUGGCACUAAUAAACCACAGCUGUCUCCCCAGCGUCAUAGUCACGUAUAAUGGGACUUCGGCCGAGGUUCGAGCCGUGCAGGACAUGAAACCUGGAGAUGAAGUGCUCAUCAGUUACAUAGACCUCCUUUAUCCAACAGACGACCGCAACCACAGGCUGAGAGAGUCUUAUUUCUUCACCUGCAAUUGCCAGGAGUGUAAAUCCAAGUCGAAAGAUAAGGCCAAGUUAAAAGUCCGCAAGCGGAGCGACCCCAUUGAGCCGGACGAUAUCAGCAACAUGACGCGCUACGCCAGGAAGACGAUCAGAGAGUUCCGAGCCUGCAAACACAUCAAAACUCCCAGCGAGCUGCUGGAGAUGUGCGAACAGAGCCUGGAGCAGAUGGGAAGUGUGUUCGCAGAUUCCAAUGUCUUCAUGCUCCACAUGAUGUACCAGGCCAUGGGGGUGUGUCUGUACCUGCAGGACGCUGAGGGCGCCGUCAGCUAUGGCGAGAGGAUCAUCAAACCCUACAGCCAGCUGUAUCCGCCCUACUCCUUGAACGUGUCCUCCAUGUACCUGAAGCUGGGCAGGCUGUACAUGAGCCUGGAGAAGCACUCGGCCGGUGUCAGGGCUCUCAAAAAGGCGAUGGCUAUAAUGGAAGUGGCUCACGGGAAGGAUCACCUCUACCUGAAAGAGCUGCGAAAGGAAAUCACACAAAAAUGAAGCAAGAGGAAAAGCGCCGAUGGACUGCGUACACUUUAAGAAGUUUAUAGCACUAAGGGCACCUUCUUUUCCUUAAUUUAUUUAUUUUUUUAAGUAAAGAUGGAAAGAAUUCAUGUUUUUGUGCCAAGGUUUGUAAAAGUAACUUUUUUUUACACCCGUGUGAAGAACGAGGAAUGGCUUUUUUAAUUUUUUUUUUAACCAAUUCUUUUAUGAUCAUCUUAACUUACAAGCCACUCAGGAGGCUCAUUACCAGAUGAAUCAUUUUGUUUGUGAUUUGGGGAAGUGUUUGACGUGUCAGCUGGCCUGUGUAAUCCAUCAGAGUCGAGUUGUUUACAAAUGUUUGUGCAGGGCGUCUAUGCAAGUAAGAUUCCUGUCAGGCAAACGGGACAGCUGCCUCUCCACAAGGGGCCUGUUUAAAGCUGCGGCGGGCGCCACAAUGGGCGGGCCGAGCGCCGCCUUUUGUUACUGCUAUACGCUAAUUAGGAUUUCCAGAGAAACCUUCUCACUUCUGUGCGUUGCUAAACUUGCAAAUCGAUUAUCUUGGGGCCGCAGUGUUAAAGAAAAUAAGGCUUUAUUGCAUAAUAAGCAAGUACAACAGCUUCAUACAUGUCAGGGGAGAGAAAACAAAAGACUGGAUGCACUGAAAUGCAUUUACAAAAAAUAUGUACACAUUCUUUGAAAGGUGUUUUGGGUGUUUUUGCCAAAAAAAAAGAAAAGAAAAGAAAACAGGGAAAAAUUAAAUAUACACAAACAGUGGAAUGCUGUGUGAGAAAAUACUGUCAGAGAGGAAAUAAGUGCAAAAAAAACACUUAUAUGUAAGGAAAGCACAAAGCUUAUAGUUAUCUGAGAAUAUAUACACUGGAAUAU